ACUCCCAAAUAAUAAAAGAAAGAAGCUGAAAGAAGAAAAGCCGGAGGACCAGCUUGGCCUUUCCCCAGUGGUCCCACACUAGGUGUGGACACGUGGGGCCCUGGCCGGAGGAUCCCCAGUGCCGCGGGCUGUGGAUAUUUUGGGGUCUGACCAUGCCGCCACCGGCAGACAUCGUCAAGGUGGCCAUAGAAUGGCCCGGCGCCUACCCCAAACUCAUGGAAAUCGAUCAGAAAAAACCACUGUCUGCAAUAAUCAAGGAAGUGUGUGAUGGGUGGUCUCUUGCCAACUAUGAAUACUUUGCACUGCAACAUGCUGACAGUUCAAACUUCUAUAUCACAGAAAAGAAUCGCAAUGAAAUAAAAAACGGCACUAUCCUUCGAUUAACCACAUCUCCAGCUCAGAAUGCCCAGCAGCUCCAUGAACGCAUCCAGUCGUCAAGUAUGGAUGCCAAGCUGGAGGCCCUGAAGGACUUGGCCAGCCUGUCCCGGGAUAUCACGUUCGCCCAGGAAUUCAUCAACCUGGAUGGCAUCUCUCUCCUCACCCAGAUGGUGGAGAGCGGCACUGACCAAUACCAGAAAUUGCAGAAGAUUAUGAAGCCUUGCUUUGGGGACAUGCUGUCCUUCACGUUGAUGGCCUUUGUAGAGCUCAUAGAUCAUGGCAUCGUGUCUUGGGACACGUUUUCGGUGGCAUUCAUUAAGAAGAUAGCAAGUUUUGUGAACAAGUCGGUGGACAUCUCAAUCCUGCAGCGGUCCUUGGCCAUUUUGGAGUCUAUGGUGCUCAAUAGCCAUGACCUUUACCAGAAGGUGGCACAAGAGAUCACCAUUGGCCAACUCAUUCCUCAUCUUCAAGGUCUGCCCUCAUCCGUCCUGCCUGUACCCCCUGCAUCCCCUCGAGUUCCUUUCCUCAUGUUCUUCGCUCCCCUGGCUAUCUGUACAUUUAUUUGCACCUUAGUAGAUAUCAUGGAAAUGGCAAAUAUUUUGGCUCAGAAGCAGCUGUGUUCCAUCAUUCUAACACAUGUCAUCCGUGCCCAGCGGGCCAUCAACAACGAGAUGGCCCACCAAUUAUAUGUUCUCCAAGUGCUCACCUUUAACCUCUUGGAAGACAGGAUGAUGACCAAAAUGGACCCCCAGGAUCAGGCUCAAAGAGAUAUCAUAUUUGAACUUCGAAGAAUUGCUUUUGAUGCGGAGACUGAACCUAAUAAUAGCAGCGGCAGCGUGGAGAAACGCAAGUCCAUGUACACCCGGGAUUACAAGAAACUUGGCUUCAUUCAUCAUGUCAACCCUGCCAUGGACUUCACCCAGACUCCUCCUGGGAUGCUGGCUCUUGACAACAUGCUGUACUUCGCCAAACAUCACCAAGAUGCGUAUAUUCGGAUUGUUCUGGAGAACAGCAGCCGAGAAGAUAAGCAUGAAUGUCCCUUUGGCCGCAGUAGUAUAGAACUGACCAAGAUGUUAUGUGAGAUCCUGAAAGUUGGUGAGCUGCCUAGCGAGACCUGCAAUGACUUCCACCCGAUGUUCUUCACCCAUGACAGAUCCUUUGAGGAAUUUUUCUGCAUCUGUAUCCAACUCCUGAACAAAACCUGGAAGGAGAUGCGGGCAACUUCCGAAGAUUUCAACAAGGUAAUGCAGGUGGUGAAGGAGCAGGUUAUGAGAGCUCUUACAACCAAGCCUAGCUCCCUGGACCAGUUCAAGAGCAAACUACAGAACCUGAGCUACACGGAGAUCCUGAAAAUCCGCCAGUCUGAGAGGAUGAACCAGGAGGAUUUCCAGUCUCGCCCGAUUUUGGAACUAAAGGAGAAGAUCCAGCCGGAAAUCCUAGAGCUUAUCAAGCAGCAGCGCCUAAAUCGUCUGGUGGAGGGGACCUGCUUUAGGAAGCUCAACGCCCGGCGGAGGCAAGAUAAGUUUUGGUAUUGUCGGCUUUCACCAAACCAUAAGGUCCUGCAUUUUGGAGACUUGGAAGAAAGCCCCCAGGGAGAGGUGCCUCAUGAUUCCUUGCAGGACAAACGAACCUCAGGCAUGACAGAUUGGCUCAUUCACAUCCUGAGCAGUCUAUGCUACACAAGAACAGAGCGCAAAGAGGUGCUUGAACUUGCUUUCUCUGUCUUGUAUGACUCCAACUGCCAACUGAACUUCAUUGCUCCUGACAAGCAUGAGUAUUGCAUCUGGACAGAUGGGCUGAAUGCACUGCUUGGGAAAGACAUGAUGAGCGAGCUGACGCGGAAUGACCUAGACACCCUGCUCAGCAUGGAGAUCAAGCUCCGCCUGCUCGACCUGGAAAACAUCCAGAUCCCCGACGCGCCUCCUCCCAUCCCCAAGGAGCCCAGCAACUAUGACUUCGUCUACGACUGUAACUGAAGUGGCCGGGACCGACAUGCACCUCCAGGCUGGAAGUCUGGAAGUUUAGCAGGAGAGAAGAAGGAAACACGCCCAUCCCUUGGCAUCACAUUUCAGUAGAGAGAAGCUGCAGAUCCACUCUUCCUUUGGCCUCAACUCUAGCUCAAGCUUUUCCAACUCUUCUUGGUACCGUGUCCACUCUUAGAAUCUGUUUUCAGACUCACUGCUUUAAGUUCUGGUUCACUACAGUUCACUGGUGGGACAGAGUUAACAACCACCACUCAUAAGAAAGCCAAGGGGCCUUUCAUCCUCACCUGUGGCAGGCAUGACCCUCCUUGCUGAGUAAGAAAACAGUUAGUUAAAGCUGCCCCAGAACUUGCCCACCAAACCAAGGCCUGUCUCUAGAAGAAAUAGCCCAGCUAUCUGAUCAGAAGACUAAAUGCCCCAUCUUCCUCCCCCCUCUUUCUAGGGUCAGCGCAAUACCACCAGUUCUAUUUAAGUUGAGAUCUGCUUUUAGAUCUCCUCCUUCCCUCCCUCUCCCCUGCCUUGGCCUUGCCCUGGUCCUCUCUGGUCUCAAGAACAGUGACCAUAACCUCAUCAUAGUCUUGGCCAGCAUCGAGCCUCCCAAACAGGAGCCCAUGCCUGCACCAUGUCUGCACUGUGACCUCACCCUACUCCCUCCAUGCUAGCUAGUCUUGGGCUUCCUCUCCCUGCCCCAGCCCAGACCUGCCUUCAUCUCCACACGCGCUACCAGCCUCUUAGCACAAAGCACAACUGAAAUCAGUAGUCACGCUUCAUCUCUAAUAGACUAAACCUAAAUGCCUCUGUGCCAGGCAGUUGCUACCCAAGGGUUUGGUGUCACCUUGCUCCUGUUGCAACCCAGGUUCCAUGGGAUGGUCAAGCCGUCAGACAUCCAAGUUUACAUCGUUGUAAUUAUUAUAGGUAUUUACAGUUUGCAAGGGUUUGGGGUUAUUUUUUCUUUUGCUUUUUUUUUUUUUGUACAAAAGAGUCUAACAUUUUUUUGCCGAACAGAUAUAUAUUUAAUGAAAAGAAGAGAUACAUAAAUGUGUGUACUUUCCAGGGUUUUUUUUAAUUAUUUUAAUCCCAAACAUCUUUCUGAAAAUAACAUUCCCUUAAACAUGCUGUGGAAUAAAGUUAACUGUGAUGAGUUG